CCGUCUCUCUGGUUGGCGCGUCACCCGCAGCUAGUGGUGGCUUCUCUCGAGCUCACCAAGCCACUCCUGGUCCUGGGAGGACUAGGUACAAGCCCGGGAGAGUUCGGGAUGCGCGUGGACACGUGUGGACAGCGGCGGCGUAGAGAUUCCUGGAGUAACGCCGACGCCAAGGAGGCGGGGCCGGCGAUUUGAAUCUGGCGGCGGGCGGCGGGCAGCGGCCCGAGGAGGAAAAGAUGGAUAGCGACCCCAAAGACAGCGAGCCUCUUGAAACCAAGGAGCCUGCUCUUCUUGAAACCAAGGAGCCUGCUCUUCGUGAUGAUGAAAAUUCCUCUUUCAUUUUGGGAAAUGGGAAUCUUGUAACUCCUCAGAAGCAUGAACCUGAAGUGACUCCUAAUGGUUGCACACUGGAUACUUUCAAGUCACCUUUGGACUUUUCCACAGUAACAGUAGAGCAAUUGGGAAUUACACCUGAAAGCUUUGUAAAGAACUCUUCAGGAAAGUCCUCAUCCUACCUUAAAAAAUCCAGACGACGUUCUACAAUUGGUGCUCGGGGCUCCCCUGAAACAAACCAUCUUAUUCGUUUCAUUGCUCAGCAGCGGAGUUUAAAGAAGGCAGAGAAGUCUCCUUUGACACAGAAUUCCCCUUUUCUGGGCAGUCCUGUACUGUAUCGAAAUGUUAAUUCUUUAAGGGAGCGAAUGUCUGCCUUCCAGUCAGCUUUUCACUGCAUAAAGGAGAAUGAAAUCAUGAUCGACCAUCCUGAAUUCUCAGAGGCUGAAGGAGAGUUCAAGACAACAGGCUCGUCCAAAAAGGAACAUCUUGGUGGAUGUCAAGAGUCUGAGUUCCCCGCAAACUUAUCAUCCAAGCGUCGAAGGAUAUCCUCUCAGAGUGGCGUUGAUGAAAAUCUCACAGAUGCGGUUCAUCUCCAGAUAUUCCAUAGUGCCCCUUCUCCUAAUACAGGCAAAAUGUGUGCUGUUGAAGCUGCACCUGCAGAUUUUUCCGAGAAAUCUUUUGAAUCUGGUUUAACACGGUCUGGAUAUUUAGUUGGAGAGUCUGUUUCACUUUCCAAGCUCACAGAGGCUUCAAGUGCCCAUCUUCUCCCUCGCACCACCCUUGCAUCCUCAAAUGCCUCUGACUCCAGCAAUGAAAUUGGUCCUCCUUCAUUGUUCAGCUCAGGAGUCAUGGUUGCCGAGUGCGUAGAGGGCAAAAGAUCAAGGGACGCUGUUCCACUUGACAAUUUGAUGGAAGUGAGCACAGACACCACUCCUGAAGUCAGGUCCCUGGUUACUUCACAGUGUACGAGGGACGUUUCAUCCUCUGAGACCUUUGUACUUCGUUCUGUGCUAAAGAAACCCUCUGUUAAGCUGUUUCCAGAGGGCCUGCAGGAACACUGUGACAAUCUCUGUGAUGAUGGGACUCAUCCAGGCUUAAUCUCAAGUCUUGCAAACUAUUGCAAAGAACAAAAAGCAGAAGGUCAAGAAUAUCGCAAAGUGCCAGCUUUUCUAAAUAUCAGGAAGAGGAAAAGAGUUACUUUUGGAGAGGAUCUAAGCCCUGAGGUGUUUGAUGAGUCUUUGCCAGCAAAUACUCCGUUGCGUAAAGGAGGAACGCCUGUCCGCAAAAAGGAUUUAAGUGGUGUCAGUCCCCUGCUACUUGAGCAAUCACCAGUUCCUGCGCAGCUACAGUUACCACAACCGAAUUUUGAUGACAAGGGGGAGAAUCUUGAAAACAUAGAACCUCUUCAGGUAUCAUUGGCAGUUCUGAGUCCUGUUAAUAAGUCUUCAAUCUCUGAGACUCUUUCAGGCACUGAUCCCUUCAGCUCUGGAAAAAACCACGAGGAAAUAGCCUCCCAUAAAGUUGGUAGAAUAACACGGGCCUCUAACAGAAGUAGUCAAUUGAUCACUUUUGCAGAAGAGAAUGUUUGUAACUUACUUAAUACAGAAGUUCAGCCUUGUAAAGAAAAGAAAAUUAAUAGGAGGAAAUCUCAGGAAAGGAAGUCCACAGGAAGAGUACUUCCUAAAAAGAAUCAGGCUUUAAAAAGUUUCAGGAAGAAGAAAGCAAAGGGAAAGAAGAGCGUUCAGAAGUCUUUAUACGGGGAAAGAGACCUUGCUUCAAAGAAGCCACUGCUCAGUCCUAUUCCGGAGCUGCCUGAGCUUUCUGAGAUAAUGCCUCCCACUCCAGGCCCCAGAAGACUGUGUUCAGAUGAUUUCAACUCCAAUGGCGAACUUGAAGAAACAAAGCUUUCUAAAGGAGAGAAUCUUUUGCCCCAGAACCUGGAAGAUUUGCAGAUGAGUCAAGGCUUUAAUAAAUAUGAUCUGUCCGCAUUGUGCAGCCCUUUCAUGAAAAGGUCCUUGUCGCUUAUCAACGCUACUUUAGAGCAAGAUUUAAAUAAAAGUGCCAUAGCCAUUAAUGAACAGAAAACUAUUCCAAAAGCAGAAAUUAAGUUGGAAGGCGAAAACGGACUGAGAGCCGGCUCCGAGAGUGGAAGUGGUCAUGUUUCUUGUGCUCCUGUGACCGCAGAGCCCCUGGCAUCAGACGAUGCAGAAUCCAGUAACGUCCCGCCACCCCGGGAAUUGGCUGCUGCCGGUCAGAAUGUGGAGAACCUUUUUCAGAUCUUUAAAAUUUCAGAAAAUGUAAACAUAAAGUAUGAAAAACAGGAUGACUUUUUAAUAGCUACUGAAGGAAAACGGCAGACCAUGCCCUUAACAUCUGACUUAAAAAAUGAGGAGAUCUUAAGUGACCAUGUAAAAGACAGUAAAAGUCUGAAUGCAGCUUUGGGAAGAAGCUCUAUAGAAGGUCAAAGUGGCACGGGUGUGAGUGGUGGAGAAAAGAAGCACAGAAGGCGCUCUACGUGUUAUUCCGACGGCCAGAGUUUAUAUUUGGAAAAAACUGGAAAUCACAAACCUCCCUACGUGGUGAGCAACUCUCUAGAAAUUGGUUUAGAAAAUUCUGAACUGUAUAAAGAUUUAUCCGCCUCCAUAGAGCAAACCUUCCAGAGAACAAAUAGCGAAACAAAGGUAAGACGUAGCACAAGGCUACGGAAAGAUCUGGAAGAUGAAGGGCUUGUAUGGAUUUCACUUCCAUUUCCUUCCACAUCCUGCACUUCCCAAAGAAUGAAAAGGAGAACAAUAUGUACGGUUGACAGCAGAGGAUUUGAAAGCUUGUCCCUCUCUCAAGAAACUGCAUCGUCUGGACAGAACCAGAAUCUGUCGCUCCCCGUGUCAGGUAAAGAAAACAGGGAGGGCUUUGCUGCCAGGGCUUCCAACUCAUCUGGAAAGAGGAGGAAGAGCCUCUGUACAUCUAUACUCACAAAUUCGAAAGAUACGACUCAGUCAGAGUGCUUCAAACGAAGAACCUCUCUCAGCCAAAAGGGAGAGACCUCCCUAAAGGACUUCGAAAGAGUGGGACAUGUCCGGGAACUAAAGCAGUGACUGGCAUUUCCUACAGAACCUGUGGCUGCAGAGAAGGUAACCAUCUGUGCUUAAAAAGAUCCUUUCAUUCUGCUUCUCGUCCUUUGUUCAACUUCGGUGUUUUAAAAGUUUCAAAUAAAAUCAUUUGAGUUGAACCUAUUUGUAAGUAGAAAUAAGUGAUUUCUUCAUCCCAAAGGGAAACAUUCUAUUAAAAAUGUUCUUCCCUCCCCAAAUAGUACAUAUUUACUAAAGCUUUCACAGUAGUACAUGUUCACUGAAGCUUUAGAGUCUCGUCUCCGUUGUAAAAAACAACUGUCUUUUAGAAGUGACUCAUUCUGUCUGCAUGAGAAGAGUUUAAAAAACAAAAUGAUGGAAUUAAUGUAAUUAUGUAAAAAUUGAAGGUAAUAAAUACAAGGUUAAACACUGUUAGAAAAUGAGUAACGGCGUGUUUUAAAAUGCUGCCCCCAAAAAAGGAUUAAAAAAUGUUAACAGGAAAUAGAGAAAUCAUAAGACUUGUUGGUUGAAAGUUGAGAAGCUUUAAUGAUUUACUUUGUCUCAAGUGAAAAUUGUAUAUUAAUAGGUUAAAAUAAAAACCUAAACAUGGCAUUUUGGAAAAUUUUUUCAAUAAUCAGAAUAUUAUAAAUCUAGCAUUAUAAAAUGAAUAUAUAGUUUAUAAAUAACGGGUGAAAAUAUUUUGUCCUUCAAACAAGAUUCUUACAUGCUUUGUGAGGUGGGAGGUGCAGGACUGGUUUUUGGUGAAAACAGAGCAGUUUAGUUGAAUCAUCCUCCAGAUCAUUCUAUUUAGUCACAUUUAGGAUUUAUUCCAAGAAAUCUCAAGUUAGUAAUUUGGGAUUUAAUUCAUGGUUCUCCAUUAAAACAAAAUUUUUUUUUUAAUCCAGAAACUCAUAAGAAAGGGCACUGGAAAAUUCGUUUACUUAACAUGAAGGUGGUGGUAGAUGGCUGAUUUCUUUUUUAACAUGGUCUUUUCCAGCAGUUCUAUUUCACAACAGCAAGUACUAUCACUUGUUUCAGAUUUUCCAGUUACAUUUCAGCAGUGUGCUCUUCUAUCACUGUUUUGAUGACAGCAGUUUGAAAAUCUAAAUUGCUAUAUAUCUGGAAUUUGUGAAUGCACAUAAAUCAUUGUAUCAUUAAACAAUUGUCUUUGAAAUCCUUUAAAUCAUUAAACUCUCCCUCUCCCUGAUAGCAGAAACAUGUUAACAAAUAGAGCUCUCUAUAAAUAACACAACAGGGAAGAAAGCUCCUGCUGAGCGCCCAUUUCCCCCGGCCUCAGAGAGAGACUAUUUGUUACCUUCUUGGCACCAAUAGGUCUGGAAGCCCUGCUGCUAAAGACUAAAUGUAUUUUACAUUAACACUCAAAGUGAUCCCCAAUUUCUUCUGCUAAAAGGUGGAUUGUUUAAAAAAUUCUUUUAUCUUUACACGUAAAUUAUUUAUGGACUCUUUUUCCUCCCCGUUUAUAGUUUGGUAUGGUUGGCAGAUCUCUAACACUGAAAACAGUCAACCCCCCCACAACACCCCCCCCCCCCGUCCCCCCACCCCCUGCAAAAACGAAGCAUUUUGGUUUUGGUAAAUUUAAAAAGAAAAGAUUAAAAACUUUCAGAAGCAUGCGAUGUUUAAGAGUUUUUUUUUUACAAAGCUUUUUGUUCUCCUCAUUUAAUGUGAAGGCCAAAACUACUGAUCGUUUUUUUUCUCCCCCUUUUUGCUGUAUCAUGUAUGAUCUCAGUUAUAUUUGAAUUUUAAGAAUUUCACAUGCUUAUUUUAUUUCUUAAAAUGUGCUAAUGAGGAUGAGGGAAACAUUUGAUCUGUGGAAUUUUUUUUGGCUUGAGUUUUCAAGUGUAAAAUUGUUUUCUGGCAUCUCCAGUUAAAAAUGUAAACCCUUGAUGCAUUUUGUUGUUUUAGGGUGUGUGGGUAUAAAUGUUUUGUUGAUAUUUGUAAAUAACAAAUGGGCAGUUUUUCAAAAAAAAGAAGAGGUCUGAGAAAUCAAAGCAAUUUGGACAUAAUUUUAUCCACUGUCUCAUUUGUAUCCUAAGAUUUGUGAAAAGUUAAUUAUUUCUGUAUUUGAUCAUGCUUGCUUGUUUUUUAGCUGUUUCUUUUCAUCAAUGGUUGAAUCAGAAACUGGGCUUCGGAAGAGUUUGUACUUGCCUUAUCUUUUUUACUGCAGUAACCCUUGACAUUCUGCCUUAGGAAAUCUGUGUAUCUUUUGUUGAUCCUGUAGAUGCUUGUUUGUUCCAGAAGAUGGCAGCAUGACAUCUGGCUACAUUACCUUAAACCCUGGGCAGCUAGUCACUGUUGCUUUGGGUGCUUCUCUUUAACUUUUAGUUUCACUCAUUUAUAUCAUCAAAGGUCCUGUAUGUCUAUUGGAACAAGUAGAGAACGGUACACAAUUGAAAACUGUCUUCUUCACCCCAUGUGAGCAUCCUGUAUCCACACCUGCCUCUUCCGAAAGCUUUCUGUGUAAGCACGUAACAACUGGCCUGCGUCUUCCGGACCUUCGCCUGUGUCAACAUGCUUUCGAACAGGAUCAAUGUAAUGUGCCAUUCUGCAACUCAGUUUUUUUAUUCAAUAAACUACCGUGUUGUUAUGGGGAGGCCUCAUGCUCCUUCAUUCUUUCCAAUCCCUGCAUAGAGUUGUACACUCUGCACAUCUCCUUACUAACAAAAAUGCUAGUUGUCUCCACUUCCUUGUGGAGACCCAAGCUGCGCCUGGCUUGUGUGAAAAUGUCCGUAAGAUCAAUUCCCUGAAAUUAAAAUUAAAUGGAUAUCAAGUUAUCCUCCACAGUUCAUACCUGAUCCAGGUCUUUCAUAAAGAUUUUGGGAUGCAUCUCCUUUCCCUCUGCUUGCCACGUUGUCCUCCCUCUGCUUGAAUGCCACUUGACUUCCAUUUUCUCUCGCUGCCCCAGUUCAACUGGCCCUUGAGCUGUGGAAUCCAACUCGGGGCUUAGACUUGGUGUAACAAGGAGGAAAGGAUUAUUAAUGCCCGAUUCAUGGUUUAGAUUGAAAGAAUUUCGUUUUUACAGAAGUCAGGUUUAUUAAAGUGUAAUUAAACUGAGUGAAGUUGAUCUUUUUAAGAGUACAGUGUGAAUUUUGGCAAAUUCAUCCAGUCGUAUAAUGACUACCGCAGAAGAACAUUUCCAUCACCCCGGAAGACCUCUGCCCUUUUUGUGGACAGCCUCCUCUCCCCCCAACCCCAGCCCCUCACAACUACUUAGCAGAUUUCUGUCUUUCUAGUUUUGCCUUUUCCGCAAUGUCCUAUAAAUGGAUGUAAGAAUUAAUAGCCUUCUGUCUUUUUUUGAAAUUUAGCAGAGUGCUUUAGAGAUUUAUCCACGUUUCGUGUCAUAAGUAGUUGAUUCUUGUUUAUCACUAAGUAGUAGUAUUGUUUUAUGGAUGUACCAGGUUUCUUCACUCAUUCACCAAUAGAUGGCUAUCUGUAUUGUUUGUAUUUUGACGAUUACAAAUAAAGCUGCUAUGAACAUUAA